CGUGGCAAGUUCGGAUUAAUCAUCAUAAACGUUGCAAAAGACAAUUUGGUAAUAAUUCUAGCAAAGAAGGGUAUUAUUUGUCUUUUCAAUAAUCAAAAAGAGACAAAAAAAAGGGAGAGAUAAUGCACCUGAUUCGUCUGGAGACGAGAGGUUCAAAGAGACUGCAACUUCUUAAAUUUGCAUUUCUUGCAGCUACUUUAUCCGAAAAGAAGACGAGAUGAACGCUCUCAAAGCCAUCCAAACCCCCUUCUCUCCCACUCUCAAAUUCAUCCAAACCCCCUUCUCUCCCACUCUCAAAUUCAUCCAAACCCCCUUAUCUCUCACAAUAAACGUGUUUGUUUACAAAAAGAAUCAUCUGACCAAGAAGAGGAUUUCCAUCCUUCCUCUGUCUAAGGCCUCUGACGCUGGAUCAGAGUCCUCCCCCCCUCCCGAAGGAGAUGCCCGGAAGCAAGAACUACUUGCUAGAAUUGCGAUGCUUCAAGCCCAGAAGGUCCGACUUACAGAUUACUUAGAUGAGCGCUCUGCUUAUUUGACCCAGUUUGCAGAAGAUGCUAAUGCUGAGUUUGAUGAGAUUGGGGAAAAUGCUCUCAAGGAUCUUGAUGAAGCCGGGGCACGGAUAAUGGAAAAUCUUGAGAACCGGAUGCAAGCCCUCGAGGAAACUGCGGCAUCGAACAGACAGGAAAUUGCGAAGAAUGAGAGGAAGUUAGUAGAGUUUGAAGAUCAAAUGGAAAAGGACAGGAAUGAAGGGCUGUUCUUCAAAAAUCUGAGGCAGAGAGCACCUGGACAACGAGCUAAAGCAAAAGAGGAAACAAAAAAGAUUAGAGAACUUACUAAAGAAAAUGCUGGAUCGAAAAUCAGGAGGAGCAUUUAUCUUGCAUUAAUAGCUUUGUUGGUCAUUGUCAUUGCUGAUGCUUUGAUAUCUACUUCGUUGGAUUGGAGAAAAGUUGCAGUUUUGGGGGCUAUUCUGGUGGGUUUGUUUGCUCAAUUCACCUAUGAGCAGAUGAUGUCAUCAACAUCAGAAAGAACAAGAAAGGAAGAAGAGCAAAAGUGAGGUAGAUGAAGAAAGAAUAGCAGAACCAAUUCUAUUAUUUUUCUACCUGAAAGUUUCAAAUGGUAGUAAUCAUGGAUUAAUAUAGCAUGAUACAAUAGACCCAAGUGAAUUCUUACUCCUUGGGCUUGAUACAUCAAGCUACUUUUGCUUUUGCAUCAUCAAGAGUCGAUCUUGGCAAUGUCUCUGUAAUUACCAAAAUCAUGUAACUUAGUUACCAUAUCUGAUGCUUCCAAUUUCAUUGUAA